GCGGAAAAAACAAACCGACCCAGAACCAGAGGAGGCGUCCGCGGCGGCCCGGGACACCGAGGAGCCCCUCCCGCCGCUCUCCUCCGCCGGCAUGAGGCGGACGCCGCCGCCCCUCAGCCCGCGCGCCGGGGAGCCCGGGCGGCGGCGGCGACGGGCGCAGCCCUGACCGCCCUGCGGAGCUCGGCGAGGGGCGCCCCGGAACGCGGAGGGCGCGGGGCUCGGCGAGCCGCCGGCGGGGGGCCAUGAGGAAGGACGAGCGCGAGCGGGACGCGCCAGCCAUGAGGUCCCCGGCCGCCUCGCCCCCCGAGAGCCUGCGCAACGGCUACGUGAAGGGCUGCGUGAGCCCGCUGCGGCCGGACCCCCCGCGCGGCUUCUUCUUCCACCUCUGCCGCUUCUGCAACGUGGAGCCGCCGGCGGCCUCGCUCGGCGCCGGGGCGCGCCUCUCGCUCGGCGCCCUGGCCGCCUUUGUCCUGGCCGUGCUGCUGGGCGCGGGGCCCGAGCGCUGGGCGGCCGCGGCGGCCGGGCUGCGGACGCUGCUGGGCGCCUGCUCGCUCAGCCUCAGCCCGCUCUUCAGCAUCGCCUGUGCCUUCUUCUUCCUCACCUGCUUCCUGCGGCGCGCGCCGCGCGGCCCGGGCCGCGGCGCCGGCUCCUGGUGGCUGCUGGCGCUGCCCGCCUGCUGCUACCUGGGCGACUUCGCGGCGUGGCAGUGGUGGUCGUGGCUGCGCGGGGAGCCGGCGGCGUCGGCGGCGGCGGCGGCGGGGGGCCGCCUGUGCCUGGUGCUGAGCUGCGUGGGGCUGCUGACCCUCGCUCCCCGCGUGACGCUGCGGCACGGCGUCCUGGUGCUGCUGGUCGCCGGCCUGGUGUGGUGGGUGUCCUUCUCCGGCCUCGGGGCUCUGCCGCCCGCGCUCAGGCCUCUGCUGUCGUGCCUGGUCGGGGGAGCGGGAUGCCUGCUGGCCCUGGGCUUGGACCACUUCUUCCACGUCCGGGGAGCCGCUCCUGCCCCGCGCCCGGCGGGUACCGCGGAGGAAAAAGUGCCUGUGAUCCGACCCCGGAGGAGGUCCAGCUGCGUGUCGCUGGGAGAAAGCGCCGCCGGUUACUAUGGCAGUGGCAAGAUGUUCAGGAGACCGUCGUUGCCUUGCAUUUCCCGAGAACAGAUGAUUCUCUGGGACUGGGACUUGAAGCAGUGGUGUAAACCUCAUUACCAGAAUUCUGGAGGUGGAAAUGGAGUUGAUCUUUCAGUGCUAAAUGAAGCUCGCAAUAUGGUGUCAGACCUUCUGAUUGACCAGAGCCUUCCUCCGCAAGUCAUUUCUUCUCUGCGGAGCAUCAGUAGCUUGAUGGGUGCUUUCUCAGGUUCCUGUAGGCCAAAGAUUCAUCCUCUCACACCAUUUCCUGGAUUUUAUCCCUGCUCUGAAGUAGAAGAUCCAGUAGAGAAAGGAGAUCGAAAACUUCACAAGGGAUUGAGUAGCAGAAGCAGUUUCCCAACUCCACAGCUGAGGAGGAGCUCAGGAGCAUCAGCAUUGCUAGCUAAUGAGCACUGUUCAAGGUGGGAUCGCAGCAGUGGCAAGAGGCCCCCCCAUGAACUGGGUGUUCCAAGUCAUGGAUGCCACCUAAAUGGGCCUUUUAGUUCAAAUUCCCUGACAAUUCCGAAGCAGAGAUCAUCAUCUGUGUCACUGACUCACCAUGUAGGUCUGAGAAGAGCUGGUGCUUUGCCCAGCCUGAGUCUUAUGAAUUCUCCAAGCCAUGUACCAUUGUCUGCUGGCUCUCUAACUAAUCGAUCACCCAUAGAAUUUCCUGAUACUGCUGAUUUCCUUACUAAGCCAAGUAUUAUUUUACAUAGAUCCCUGUCCAAUGUACCCAAUACAGCUGAUUUCUAUCAGUACCUUAGAAACUCUGAUAGCAAUCUCUGUAGCAGCUGUGGACAUCAAAUACUCAAAUAUGUUUCAACAUGUGAACCUGAUGGUACAGAAUACCACAGUGGAAAAUCAGGUGAAGAAGACAAUACUGUUUCCCCGAAAGAACAAUUCAACAUUGUGGAGACUCAAGAAGAAGAGACAGUGAAGAAAGACUGCAGGGAGUUAUUUUUGGAAGGUGAUAAUCACCUAAUGGAAGAGGCACAGCAACCAAAUAUUGACCAGGAAGUGUUACUGGACCUGAUGUUAAUAGAAGAUCAUGACUCAUUAAUAGAAAAGAUGAGCAACUGGAAUUUUCAGAUUUUUGAGCUUGUAGAAAAGAUGGGAGAAAAAUCAGGAACGAUUCUCAGUCAGGUUAUGUAUACUUUAUUUCAAGAUACUGGUUUAUUGGAAACAUUUAAAAUUCCCACUCAAGAAUUUAUGAACUAUUUUCGUGCAUUAGAAAAUGGCUACCGAGACAUUCCUUAUCACAAUCGUAUACAUGCCACAGAUGUCCUGCAUGCUGUUUGGUAUUUGACAACACGACCAAUUCCUGGCUUACAGCAGAUCCACAAUAACCAUGGAACAGGAACCGAAGCAGAGUCAGAUGGUCAACUUGGUUCUGGACAGAUGGCUUACAUUUCUUCCAAGAGUUGCUGUAUUCCAGACGAGACCUAUGGCUGCUUAUCUGCAAACAUCCCUGCAUUAGAGUUGAUGGCUUUGUAUGUGGCAGCUGCCAUGCAUGACUAUGAUCACCCAGGAAGAACAAAUGCGUUUCUAGUAGCUACAAAUGCACCUCAGGCAGUUUUAUACAAUGACAGAUCUGUUCUGGAAAAUCAUCAUGCUGCAUCAGCUUGGAAUCUGUAUCUUUCUCGCCCAGAAUACAACUUCCUCCUUAACCUUGAUCAUGUGGAAUUCAAGCGCUUUCGAUUUUUAGUCAUAGAAGCAAUCCUUGCUACAGAUCUCAAAAAACAUUUUGAUUUCCUUGCUGAAUUCAAUGCCAAGGCCAAUGACGUGAACAGUAACGGUAUAGAAUGGAGCAGUGAGAGCGACCGCCUCUUAGUCUGCCAGGUGUGCAUCAAACUAGCAGAUAUAAACGGCCCAGCCAAAGCUCGAGACCUACAUUUGAGAUGGACAGAAGGCAUUGUGAAUGAAUUUUAUGAGCAGGGAGAUGAAGAAGCAAACCUGGGCCUACCCAUUAGUCCCUUCAUGGAUCGUUCUUCUCCUCAACUAGCAAAACUCCAAGAGUCUUUUAUCACCCAUAUUGUGGGGCCCCUGUGCAACUCCUAUGAUGCUGCUGGCUUGCUGCCUGGUCAGUGGAUAGAAGCAGAAGAGGAUGAUGAUACAGAAAGUGGUGAUGAUGAUGAUGGUGAAGAGUUAGAUUCAGAUGAUGAAGAAACAGAAGACAAUCUAAAUCCCAAACCACAAAGAAGGAAAGGCAGGCGGCGAAUAUUUUGUCAGCUAAUGCACCACCUCACUGAAAAUCACAAGAUAUGGAAGGAAAUCAUAGAAGAAGAAGAAAAAUGCAGAGCUGAGGAGAGCAAACUGCAGGUGGAGAAUACCUCCUUAUCUCAAGCAGAUGAGAUUCAGGUUAUUGAAGAAGCUGAUGAAGAGGAAGAGCAAAUGUUUGAAUAGAAAAGAACAAAACCAAACAUAUGCUGAAGAAGCCUGGGGUGCUCUUCCCAGGGUCAUUAUGUAAUGCUCACUGUACUGACUAAAUUGACCAUUCCCAUGUGGACAGACCUUAAUACUGUGAGAGGAUCUUUGCUUCCCUGGCAGUUCUCACUCCUAAGCACUUUCCUCAUAAAGUAGAGAAUGAUUCUUAGAGCUGGCUACAGUUGACUCAUGUUGCAAAGCCCUUCCUCAAAGGCUUCACUGGUGUGUAAAUACUGUGUCAUGAUGCUGCUUUGCUGGUAGUGAACUCUUAAUCUCUUAUGACAAGGGAGGGCUAAAACUGAAAACUCAAGUGACUUUGGUUUUUCAAGUGGCCAUAAUGCUUUUAUGAAAACAGGAUUCAUCCUGUAUUUCCAAAUAUAUCUGUUAUGUCUUUGUUUGGGGGUGGGGUGGGGCAGGAAACAAACCUCUAUGCCUAAUCCAAAAAGGAAUUCAUUGUGGCCUUUCUGAGUGAUUUCUGCUUAUGGCAGUACACUGUUCAAUGUGGUUCUCGCUUCAUCCAUGAAGGACUGAGGACCUUUGUUAUACUUAACAAAACCCAGGUGCAUCUAUUUCUGAUGCUUUUUAUUGUUGUGUAUAAUCUACUUGUGUGUUUUUAUUUCUGCCUAAAGUAUUCAGGUUUGCUGUGGACAUCAGAAGUCUGAAUUCUAGUCUUACUGAUUUUGUUCCAUGGUUGAAUUUUAAAGGUGUUUUACAAUGAAGGAGCUUUAUUCUUAGUCAAAACUGUUCUUAUUUUUAUUCUUGCUCAGGACAAGUAAUUUUAAAUUUUUGUUAUAAACAUGGCAUAAAUUUGCUAGGAAAAAAAAAACAUUGUCCUAAUAUUGAUGUUACCUUUUUUGAAAUGAGCAUCAUUUUAAUUAAAGCCAGGAAAAAGGAAAUAGCUAUCUUUUGCCUUAAUGAAAAAUCAAAUGAAAUCAACCCCAUCAAAGAUAUUGCCUAAAUAAUUUGUUAUCUUUAGUAUGUGUCAUAGGUGCCUUGUAUCUUUUUGUGUCUGGUUGUCAUAAAACUGACUUUUUGUUGUUGUUAAUUUCUUUCUGCUUCAAGAAUACACGGCAGAGAUGACCCAUCGCUACGUAGUAAUACUAGAGCCCCACAGGAAGACUGAAUUCUGAAGUCAAGUUCAUGAUGGGGAUGAACAUUUAUUUUUUAUGUAAAAACUACAAAUAGUUCAAUAAAUAAUUCCAUGAAAAUGCAUAUAAAUAAAUAAAUACCUUACCAAGGAAAUGGAACACAUUUAUAAUGUCAUAUAACCUCACUAGAGAGUGGCUGUGUGCCCUUGUUGUGAAAAAUUAUUGAAGUUAUACACAGCAACUAAAAUGAUAACAAGAUGGUAAACUGAUUUCUCAUUAUUCUUCAAGACUGUACAAUUUCUUAGAGCCAUUCAACUUUGUGCACAACAAAGCUGUCAGUUUACACAGUAGUUCCUAUGCAGUGUGAUGCUGGGGUUUCUUACCAAGAUAUUUGGGCUGCCUACAAGGCCGCAUUCAAAGAUCUGUUUCAGUACUGAGAUUUUUGAUCCUGCAGGUAUCAUAUUUAAUGAAUCACUACACUUUAUUUAUUAAACAUAUUGAGUGCUGAGUUCCUUCCUGUCACUUUUGUUACCACAACCACAUCAUCUGUAAACUGGUCCCACCAUAUGUUACUGAGUAAUAAAAUUUCAACUGAUAAUCUAUCAAAUUUGAAUUUA